GACUCGUCUGUCAGGGGACAGCAUGGCGGACAUGCGUGUGGAGCCACGGAACGAGUGGCACCGACUGUCCAGCUAACCGCCCCGCCGCGAGCAGCACCGACAGCGCGCGUCCCGCCGGCCCGGCGCGUGGCAGCAACACACGGCAGAAUGGACGAGGACAACAAACUCCAGUUCCCGUCUCUGCCCGCCACCAAGGAGGAGCUGCUGGACUGGGCGUAUCCGAUGAGACGAGAAAUGCAGGAGAUAUUACCGGGAUUUUUUUUAGGUCCCUACUCUGCUGCAAUGAAAAGCAAGCUGCCAAUUCUCGAGAGACAGGGCAUAACGCAUAUUGUGUGUGUCCGCCAAGACAUUGAAGCCAAUUUUAUCAAACCUAAUUUCCCUCAUACAUUUAGAUACCUUGUAUUAGAUAUUGCUGACAAUCCAGUGGAAAAUAUAAUACGAUUCUUCCCUACGACUAAGGAAUUUAUCGAUAGCUGCUUAGCAACAGGAGGAAAGGUACUUGUUCAUGGUAAUGCAGGGAUAUCAAGAAGUGCCGCCUUAGUGAUUGCAUACCUUAUGGAAACUUUUGGGAUGAAAUACAGGGAUGCAUUCAGCCACGUCCAGGAGAGGAGGUUCUGCAUCAACCCCAAUGUGGGCUUUGUGCAUCAGCUACAGGAGUACGAAGCGAUCUACUUGGCCAAAUUGACCAUUAAAAUGAUGUCGCCGAUGCAGUUGGGCAGGUCAUUCUCCUUACAAGCUGGGAUGCCAGGAAGUCGCAAGCGCAGCCUGGAGGAAGACGAAGACUUUGGAGCAAUGCAGGUCACAGCAGCACAGAACGGAUGAGCUUUGCUUAUAUUUAGCCGUGUGGCGCAGUGCACUCUUUUUUUUUUACAUUUUUAAUGGGAUUAAAAAUGUAAAUAUUUGAACUUUUUUCUAAGGGGGAGGGGAGGGGGGACCACUCCUGUCUGAGACAUGGAGUACUAACAGGGAAUGGGCAAAUUUGAUAACUCUUUUUUUUCCUUUUCUUGAACUGUAUGCACUGAUGGGAGAUUUUUUGCAGUUUUAUAGUAUUUAAAGCAUUUUGCAUUUGCAGCGGGACAGUAUUGCAAUAAUGCACUUUCGAUACUUGAAUUUGUGUAGACGACCAGAAGGGGGCAGUCGGCAAAAGGGAAAGUAGCCAGGAUGUUGCCCAGUGGAGGACACGAGAAGAGGAAGAGCUAAUGCCUUUAUUUUGGGAGUAUUAGGAAUAUGGACUAAUAUCCGGCUUAAUGUGAGAUAGUAAAGAUGAAAAAAAAAAAUACUCACUGCUUAAUAAAAAGAAGUGUGACUUGA